CAACAAAAGGAGCGAGACGGCCCGGCGGCGGCUAGCGGCGCAGCAACAGGAGGGCUGGAGUUGACCCCGCGCCCGCCGUCCGGGGAGCCUGAGCGAGGGCGCAGCCCGCCCAGCCGCAGCUACCUCAGCAGCCCCACGCCUGUGUGCGUGCUUCCCCCUCGGAAGGAGCCGUCCGCUUUUGCGCUGCACAGUCGGGUUUGCAAGUCGGACCCACGGAUAAUAACUCGUGUUGCUACUCACCUAAGUUGAAUACGCACCGUGUGCACUUUAGUUUCCUGCUGGUGCUAUUGCACUACAGAAGACAGAUUUCUGAAAUCUCAGCUAUCAAGACAUCCAGCCCAAGUCUCAAUCUUGCCUUUACAAUGUUCCAGAGGCUGAAUAAAAUGUUUGUGGGUGAAGUGAAUACUACUUCCAAUCAAGAACCAGAAUUUAGUGAGAAAGAAGAUGAUGAAUGGAUUCUUGUUGACUUCAUAGACACGUGUACUGGUUUUUCAGCAGAGGAAGACGAUGAUGACGACAUCGGUGAAGAGUCGCCCACAGAGCACCCAUCAGUCUUUUCCUGUUUACCUGCAUCUCUUGAGUGCUUGGCUGAUACAAGCGAUUCCUGCUUCCUUCAGUUUGAGUCCUGUCCAAUGGAGGAGAGCUGGUUUAUCACCCCUCCCCCAUGUUUUACUGCAGGUGGAUUAACCACUAUCAAGGUAGAAACUAGUCCUAUGGAAGAUCUUCUCAUCGAACAUCCCAGCAUGUCUGUUUAUGCUGUGCAUAACUCCUGCCCUGGUCUCAGUGAAGCCAACUGUGGGACUGACGAAUUUCAUAACCCAACUAGUCCCAGAGUGGGAGCUCAAAAUGAAAUAGGGCAGCACAUUCAUUGCUAUGUUGCAGCUCUUGCUGCUCAUACAACUUUUCUGGAACAACCCAAGAGCUUUCGCCCUUCCCAGUGGAUAAAAGAACAUAGUGAAAGACAGUCUCUGAACAGAAAUAGCCUUCGUCGCCAAAAUCUUACCAGGGAUUGCUACUCUCGGCAAGUCAAGCACAAUGGCUGGGUUGUUCAUCAGCCCUGCCCGCGUCAGUACAAUUACUAAGAAUUUCAAGUUUGUUGGUUGGUUUCUCUUGGUUUGUGCAGUGUAUGUGGAUGUGUGUGUAUGUACAAGAAGAUGCUUUCUCUUUAAGGCCAACUGAUGACCAAUCAGAUAGUUUUAUUGGUGUGUUUAGACACUAUCUUGAAAACCAGAUUUACAUGCUGUGUAUCACAUAAUGCCUUGCUCUUCACAUUCACUUUUUAAAUAAUUUUUUUUCAGAAUGUUUUUGGAAACAUAUCAAUACAUUUACAGUGUUGGGUGUUUGGGGAUGUCUUUAAAUUUAUUAAGGUGUACAUGAAAAAGUCAGCAUUUUAAAGACAUUCUUCCCAAGUAUGAGAAUAGGCAUCUUACAAUUUCAUUUUGUUUUGUAUUACUUAAUCUUUUGAGUGAGCAAAAAUUUAUUCUCAGGGCCAGCCAUACACUUUAUUGACCAGUACUUGAUAAUCUUUCCUGUAUAUAAUGAUACAUUUUUUCACACUAACAUGAGCAUUGACAGGUGAUAGUUGCCAUGGAUAUAAUGGAAUUAUGGCUUAACUUUCUUUUGAAAGAAAACUUGAUAUAUUUCUGUGUGUAUGUUUUGUUUUUUUUUUUUUUUAGUUUUUUUUUCCAGAUUAAUCAUGCAGUUCACUUUGGAAUUCAGGUACAUUAAGUUUUGACAGUGCUUUCAGUAAUUCUGAUGUGACUAUAUGACGGGGUACAGAGACAUCGUGGGACAACAACACUUGUCUUACACGCAGAGGGAUUAAGUUAGACCUGUGAAAUUUUAUUUGGAAAAAUGUAUGUCUAUAAUUAACCCAUUAGUCCAGUCUUUUAAGUUGUUUCAAUUCUUUUCUGCCAGCUCUGUCUACACCAUCUCGCAUCAGCUGUUUAGAAGUACUCGUCCAGGCACUCGAGUGACUUUACAUUUAUUUGUGCCCAAGGGAUAAGAGAUAGGCUUUGUAUUUCCAGAUACAGUGGUAAAUCCUCUGCCAUGGAGCCUGUCCUGCCAAGUGGCAAGAAUAGUCGGGAGCAGGAGGGGACAUUUGGUGACAGCUUUUCAUAGUGUCUAAAUGAAGAGUGACAGGUUAGUUUCCUUGAGUUCUCCUUCUUUGUUUUACUUAGGCUUUGGACAAAUCUUUAACCACUUUGGCCUCUGUUUCUUCCACCAACAGGGGAGUAAUAAUUACCUCCCUCACAGAGUUGUUGUGAGGAUUGUAUCUUGAUUUGAAGUGGGGGUGUGGGCUGUAGAGAACUGAACCCUGUGUGAAAUUCCGAGGGCCUCUCUACUGAAUCUAGUGGUGGGGGUGGAGGACCUGUGGCAAUUUUCCUGCCACAACCGUUUUUCAGUGUUGGUGCUAAUGAGACCUUGUUCAAUUCACACGUGGGCCAGUUAAUCCAACACAGAGAAAAUCUAUUUCCUUACCUCUAGUCAGUCACUUUAUUUUUUAGUAGUUGUAAUGGGUUUUCCUGAGCCAUCCACAUUCUCACUGACUUCCCCCUGAAAUUAAAUAAACAUAUACAAUCAAGAGGACAUUUUACUGAGAGAGCGGUAGUAACACCUUCAUAGUCAAACACCUUAAUUUUAUGAUUUCUCUACAACCCUAAUUAAAUAGUACACAUCUACAAAAUGUUUUCAAGAAAAAAUAGAAAAUAGUUAUAUGAAGUAUAUAUUUUUCAAUGACCCUGUAAACAGUUUGAUGCAGGGAACAAUGGGAGAGUUUUUUGUUUGUUUAUUUUCUUUAAGGGAAGAGCUGUGCUCUUUUUUGACUAGACUGGAGUGCUUGGAAGUGUAAGAGGUCAAAUAGUGUAGUUAAGAUUGGUUAGGUUGUUCUUCCACUGGCUGAGAUAAAGUGCCAAGAAUGUGUCUGUAGAACAAGAGUCUAGAUGCCCCUCCCUUCCUCAUUCCCCUUCGUUUUGACUACCCCUUUAUUUAUUUGUUUUCUGAUUAGGGACCAAGUCUGUAAAAUUUUGUCGAACUGAGCUAGAGGUUAUUUUGUUACUAUUUGUGUUUACCAGAGUUGGGAGAUAGGAGUUUUCAUGAAAGUGUGUAUGUUUUCAACCAUGUCAGUUAUAGGGCCAUACUUCCAUAACUUGAAAAUAGACCAGCUAAAUGUUUUCUGGAUGUAAGCCUCUGAAUUCAUGGGGUUUCUAUUCAUACAUUACAUGCAAAUUGUUAGUACCUCAAGAGCUAUGGAAGUUUAGCCGUGAGAAUUUGUUUGGCAGCAUGAGGAGAUUUAUAUAUGAAACUGCAGUGGUCUUUUUUUAGUCCUAUUUUUUUCAGAUACCAUAAAUACAUUACAUCUCUAUUAGUUAUUGACUUUCUGUUUGCCUUAUCUGGGCCUGGUUUUAUAUACUUCAUACCUGGAAAAAUAUUCAUCUCAGUCAUUGGGAUUUUUCUUCCAGGUGUGAUAUCCUGCAAUAUCAUACUGUGGCUUCUGUAUCAUUAUCUAAAGUUUGUUUAAAAUUGGCAGUGUAAGAAUUGAAAAUGGUUUACGUAAUUCAGUUGAAGUUCUUGGUCAUUAGAUGUUUUUUUAAGUCAUCUAUUGUAUGCAAAACACAAGGCCAAUAAUAACACAGAAUUAUGUUAACCUGUUAAGUAUCUUAGAAACAUGGCCAAAAUGCAUUUUAUUAUGAGUUGAUAAUUAUUUUUGCUGUUGUAAAUAUUAGUGGUUUACAAUGUACUUUAGUUCAUAUUCCUUAAAAUUCAAGCAGUGAGAAAAUAAGACCCCUCUGAAUUUAGUAGCGAUGACUAUUUCUAAACUGAUAACAUAGAAUGUUACUUGGAAAAAGUCUGGAAAACAUGGUGUACACAAGCAGUGUUUUGUGAAGGAGCUUCUUAGUUUUUGUAAUGCACCAUGUUUCUCAAAGUUUGUGUUUUUGUUAAUAAAACAUUUUAUAAUGUAAUUCUAUGUUUAUUACUUUUUCUUCCUUAACUGACUGAAUUAUAUACUGCACUGUAAGUUGAAGAUUAACCAUCCACUGUUUAUCUUCUGUGGCAUUGCAUUUAUAUGCUUUUGAGGGGAGGGAGGAUUUUCUGCAGAAGAUGCAAAGUGAUUGGAUUUUUUGACUGUCUCAUACAGGGAGCUUCCUUUUUUUUACAUCAAUUUCCUGUACUUUUUUCCACUUUCCAAGCAAACUGUUUCUGUUUACAAACCUUCUCUGUUGUACCAAUACUUUCAUACUAGUGAGAAGAGUUUACUUAAAACUUGAGAGGGCCUUUCAGCCUUACCUAUUAUUUCUUACUUCUCAAAUCUGUACAGUACUCUGCUUUGUAAUCUUUGUCUUCCUUGAAUCUGAGUUUCUUUGCUAGUUCUCUUCCUGCUCAAGGAAAUAUAUUGCCUUUACAUGCUCUUAAGAGAAAAGAGCAAAGAAGUGUAUCUUCAUGACCCUCUUUUUUUGUGUUAUGAACAAUAAAAAUGAAGAACUCCAACUGGAAGACAGACAUUUAAAUUUAGAUUAGUGGAGAAUAAAGGCAUUUUCAAAUAUUCAUUUUUGUUUUUAUAAUCAAUUCAGAGACUGCUCCUUGUACUGGGAGAUACUAAUAUGUAUUUGUAAUGUUACCCUAAAAUUAUCUUUUUUAUUUUAUUAGGCCCAUACAUACUGGUUAAAUUCUUUUAAAAUUUGGGCUACUAUCAUGGAUUGUUUCACUGCCAUCAGUCAUGUUAAUUGAUAUAUUGUAAAUGUCAUCUCUACCUGCUAAUUGUAAUACUUAAAAUUUUAUAUAAAAUUCUUUACUUAGAAAAUCUACAUCAUACGAUCAGUGUCAGCCUUGCCAUGUACCAAUUUCAUUUGAAAUCUGAUACCAAUUAAAGUGGUUUGAGUGGGGAGAGAGGUACAGGAAAGCAUAUAAAUAUCUUUUUUUAUUUGCAACAGUAUCCUUUAUGUGGGAGAAGUUACUAUUCAGAGAAAGGCAGUGUAAGUGGAUAAUGUUUUUUAUUCAUUGACAAGUUUUCUUACGUUUUUUAAAAUUGUGUAAUUGUUAAAUGCCUCAUUUUGCUCCGUAUGUACCUAAAGUUUUACUAUUUUGUUCUUUAUAUAGGUGGAUUUCUAAACUCCAGUCCAGUACUUUGGGAGGUUAGAUGUGUGUGUUUCCAGGCUUGGUGUGUAUGAGUGGUUUUGUUUGCUUUUUGGUUGUGUUUUCCUCCAGAGAUUUUGAACUUUAAUCAGUAAUCAUGUGUAUGAUUAAAAAAAAGUGGCUUUAGUUUUUUUCUUAAGUAAAAUUCUGAACACACUUUUCAAGGGCAGGGCAUCCGUUAUGGAGCUGGAUAGUAUUGUAGAUUGUACCAUGUGCCUUGUUAAUGUGUUUCUGGACACAUUUUUUUCAACAACUUGAAAACUCAAAAGGGACAUUAGGGGGAAAAAAGGGACAUUAUGUUAGAUAUAUCCUGUAUAUGAAUCUAUGCAAAAUGGCAGCUUGUUUUCUUGAGCCACUGUCUAAAUUUUUCUUCUUUUUAUAGAAAUUUUUAUACUGAUUGAUUCCUAGAUGGUCAGUUUUAUACACAGACUGAACAGUACAGCACUUUGCCAAAAAUAAGUGUAGCGUUGCUUAAACAUUGUGUAUUAACACCAAUUUUUUGUAAUUGGAUUCGGCUACCUGGAAGUUAUGGUUUUUAAUCUGUCAGUAAAUAAAAUGUCUUUUAACUUCA